AUGACAAUCAAUGAUAAUCAGAGCCUUGGACAAGUUGUGACAGAAUUCAUUCUGUUAGGAUUUCCUCGGGUCCAGGUGUUAGAAGUCUUCCUUUUUGCAGUCAUCUCUGUUAUUUUCACUCUCACCCUCUUAGGGAAUCUGACUAUCAUCAGUGUGGUAGUAAUUGAUGCUCAUCUUCACACACCCAUGUACUUUUUUCUGGGGAAUCUUUCCCUUCUGGAAAUAUUCUUCACCUCAGCCAUCGUGCCCAAGAUGUUGACUAACUUGCUGUCUAGGAAGAAGACGAUCUCAUUUUCAGCUUGCAUUGCUCAGUGCCAUUUCUACUUUUUCCUGGGCUCCACUGAGUUGCUCCUUCUGAGUGUGAUGUCCAUUGAUCGCUAUGUUGCUAUCUGUAACCCAUUGCGCUAUCCCAUCAUAAUGAACAGUCGUGUUUGCAUCUCUCUGGUGCUUGGCUGUUGGGUGGGUGGCUUUUUGCACAUCCUGUGGCCAACAGUAGUGAUAUCUCAGCUCCCUUUCUGUGGCCCAAAUGUAAUCAAUCACUUCUUUUGUGACAGCACCCCACUCUUGAAGCUUUCUUGCUCUGAUACACAGCUCAUUGAACUGGUUGAUGUGCUUCUCGCUUCCUUUAUGCUCGUGGGCACUCUGCUGCUCAUCACAAUUUCUUACAUUUACAUUAUCUCCACUGUGCUUAGGAUCCCAUCAGCCACUGGGAGGCAGAAGGCCUUUUCUACCUGUGCUUCACACAUCACUGUGGUGACAAUCUAUUAUGGCAGCUCCAUUUUUAUGUAUGCCCAGCCAGCCCAGAGCUCCUCUCUAGAGUUCAACAAAGUGGUGGCCGUUCUGACAGCUGUAGUGACACCACUUCUGAAUCCCCUUAUUUACAGCCUGAGAAAUGAAAAGGUGCGGGAAGCCCUGAAAGAAAUGUUCAACAUCAAUUACUUUAAACAAGACCCUAGAGUUUUCUGGGCCUCAUUCUGGAAGAAGUUUAGCUUUUGGUUCAUGCCAGGUAGAACCCUUUUUGACCCUUCUGAAGCUGACACUUUCACCACCCCAAACUGGACUUGA